AUGUCUGAAGUUUUGAAGAAGACUCAGAACUGGUGGCCAGACCAUGAGAGAUUACCGAGAGCAGAAAUCCGACCAUACUUUUCCGCACGAUCCGAAUUGUCUGUCUGGAAUGGUAUUCUAAUGUACAGAGAUCGAAUCGUUAUUCCAAAGGCACUUAGACCAGAAACAUUGAAAGACGCACAUUCUGGACACUUAGGUCUGAACAAAUGCCGAGAACGCGCGCGAGGAGCUGUAUGGUGGCCAGGAAUUUCAACCGACAUAGAGCGUACUGAUAAGUCCUGCGAAUUCUGUCUUGUUCAUCAGUCAAAACAGAACCGAGAACCGUUGAAGACCAUAGUCCUUCCUGAUCGUCCAUGGCAAAAGAUUGCUGCAGAUCUGUGUGAGCUGAAGGGUAGACAUUUCCUAGUAGUUACAGACUAUUUUUCUCGUUAUCUGGAAAUUGCAUACCUGGAUUCGUUGACUAGUGCUCACGUAAUUGGAAAACUCGAGAAUAUAUUAACUCGUUGGGGUAUUCCAGAGGAAUUGGUAACCGACAACGGCACCCAGUUUACGUCAGACUCUUUCAAGAAGUUCGCAGCUAAGUAUUGA